AGUUAGUUAGCGGACGACGAUUGUUGUGACAUUGUUUGCGAUGGUUGUCAAUGCAUGUGAAAGGAGAGCUGAUAUUAGAUAAGUGUGUUGAAGAACUUGCGUGUGUGAGUGUGUGUGUGUGUGUGUGUGUGUGUGUGUGUGUGUGUGUGUGUGUGUGUGUGCGGCAAUGCUCAUCAUCCACUUUCAUCACUUUAUUAACAUCUCGCUCAUAAAAAGCUGCACUUUUUUAUUUGGAGUAAGUAGCCACAUUUGAGAUUUCCAAUCCAACUUGAAGUUUUUGAAGCCAUCCCUGUAGCUUAAGUUCCUCUUUUACAAAAUAUCACCGCUUUACUUUUCUUAAUCCCGCUUCGUAAUCCCAUUGUCCAAUCCCUACGCUGUUAUUUUUUGCAGUCUUCUUUAAUAUGCUAAUGUUUCCCCUCUGAUGUCGGCUUCAUUUAAAGGUGUGAAACCUGUAACCUGGCAUCAGUCGUGUUGUGAGAAGCAGAUUAUGUUCUCAUAGCUGACAUAACCCAGCCUUUUCACACACACACACACACACACACACACACACACACACACACACACACAUGUUGACUUCCAUUGCAUUAAUAAGUAGCGCUCUGUUUGCCUCAUGAAACUAAUCUUUUGUUCGGAGAUAAACUGGGGAGGAGUUGGAAGGGAGGAGGGGGCGAUUUCAGGGGCCCUUGAUUAAAAACACAUUCAAAUAUGUGUUUUUCAUAAUAAUCAAAUCCGGCAAAGUGAUUGAGAGGCAGGAGGAGAGGAGUAGAGGAGUACAACAACAGUCAGGGAGGAAUUAGGAAUGUAAAGGAUUACACAGGAAAGCAGAAUGUAUAGAGAUAAAUGUGGGGAUUACAAUGAUUUAAGUGGCGAGCACUUAAAACUCUUUGCUUUCCAGUAAUGCACUCCAUCACUGCAUUGCAUGUGUGUGUGUGUGUGUGUGUGUGUGUGUGUGUGUGUGUAAGCAAGGGGGUAUCUCUUUCUCUUCUGUGUGUGUGUGUGUGUGUGUGUGGAGCGCCACUCUCUCCUCUGAGUUGUCAGUGCGUGUGCUCUCCAUCCUCGUUGGCCGCGAUGCUCUCGGUUCCUGCGUCUCUGAUGUCUUCCAAGCGACCAGCCUCUCCAUAUGGGGGGACAGAUGGAGAUGUAACCAUAGCAACCAGCAGACAGCGAGUGGAGGAUGAGGAGAACGAGGGGCUGGGUGGCGUGAUCCAUCUCCCCCUAGCCUCGUACUGCAACAAGGUGUCCCCUCGCUCGCCCCCUUUCCGGAGCUUGGACAGCCCCCCCAGCAACACGGAGCUAGAUGGCUCUAAGGGCAACUCCCUGAGCCCUUACACCCAGCACAAUGCUACCUCACCAGGCAAAGAGGAAGGUGGCGGUGGGGGUCGACCCUGCAGCGAGGGAGGCUCAACUACGGGGACCCUGGGAACGCCGGAGAGACGCAAGGGUAGCCUGGCGGACGUGGUGGACACACUGAAGCAACGCAAGAUGGAGGAGCUGAUUAAGAAUGAACCUGAAGAAGCUCCCACCAUUGAGAGGCUGCUGUCAAAGGACUGGAAGGACAAACUUUUGGCCAUGGGCUCAGGGCACAUCGGCGAAAUUAAAGGUACACCGGACAGCCUGGCGGAGAAAGAGCGCCAACUCAUGGGCAUGAUCGGCCAGCUGAGCAGCCUGAGGGAGCAGCUCCUGGCGGCCCACGAGGAGCAGAAGAAGCUGGCUGCCUCGCAGAUGGAGAAGCAGAGGCAGCAGAUGGAGCUGGCCAAGCAGCAACAGGAUCAGAUUGCCCGGCAACAGCAGCAGCUCCUGCAGCAGCAGCACAAAAUCAACCUCCUGCAGCAACAAAUCCAGCAGGUCCAGGGCCAACUCCCGCCACUGAUGAUUCCCGUCUUUCCUCCUGACCAGAGGACCCUGGCGGCCGCGGCGGCCCAGCAGGGCUUCCUCAUGCCCCCGGGCUUCAACUACAAACCUGGCUGUAGUGACCCAUACCCCCUCCAGCUCAUCCCCACAACAAUGGCUGCCGCUGCAGCCGCCACACCAGGCCUAGGACCCCUUCAGCUCCAGCAGUUGUACGCAGCUCAGCUGGCUGCCAUGCAGGUCUCCCCCGGGGCCAAGCAGCAUGGAAGCAGCCUGGCAUCCCAAGCCAACCUGGGCACACACUCCCCACCCAGCAACACACACUCACAGAGCGACAAGGGACGCAACUCCCCGCUACCAAACAAGACCAAGGUCCCUGCUGCUGCUGCUGGUGCUGCCAAGAUGGGUCCCGUGGGCGCCAUGAAGCACAGUGUCGCCCCCUCCAGCAUUGGAGGACCUCCGGCCAGGGUCAGCUCAAUAGCAGACUUGCUGUCGUCGUUGUCGUCGGGGGCCUACCUGAACGACCACGAGGCUGUGACCAAAGCUUUCGCCGAGGCCCGCCAGAUGAAGGAGCAGCUGAAGAGGGAGCAGCAGGUGCUUGACGCCAAGGUGGCCGCCGUCAGCAACCUCGGGCUCAACAACGGACGCUCGG